CCUGUUAUGCUACUCCUCGAUGAUUUCAGCGGUCAUUGGGUUGAUGGUGUGGUCGAGUAUGCUCGCUCGCUAAACGUAGUGCUGCAGAAGGUGCCUCCCGGACUUACGUGGCUAAGCCAGCCCGUGGACGCUGUUUGGAUCAAGCCUCUCAAGGACCGCUUGCGUGCCGCCUGGGUAGCGUUUCUGCGAGACCAACUAAAGCUCUACACCGCGAGUAACAGCACCGAGAAGUUCACAAUGUCAGCGCCUCAGCGGUCGACUAUCGUGAAAUGGGUUGUCUCCGCA